AAAAAAGUAUUCUAGCCAUUAUGUUUCAGGAGCUUAAAUUGCACUGGAACUUGCAUUGAAAUUAGAAUCAAAGCAAACUUAAGAAAAUAGUGCACAACCUGAAAUAAGACAGCUACGUGUACAUGGACAUAUCUAUAUCAAUUUGUUGGGGGGAGAUUUCAGUAGCCCUAACUUUUCCUAAAGUUGUCUUUGUUUACAUGGCAAUUUAAAACGCUGGCACUGUUGAAGAAAAACAUACACAUUUUAAAAAAAAAACUUUGGUCAGCUUUAAGAACUCAAAGCAUGCUUACGUUUUGCAUUCAGAUGGUUAAUGAAUCCAGUGUUUUUGCAGUUGCAAGCUCGUGCACUCACUGGGCAAAGCUGGCUGCAGGUUGCAGUGACACCACGCAGGACAGACAUUAAUUAUAUUUCCCACUUUUUUCAAUAAUGUUUGGCUACUCGGUUCAGCGAGGAAGAAUGCCUCCAACCCAGCCCAAUCCAGGCCAGUACGCACUCACCAACGGGGACCCCCUCAAUGGCCACUGCUACCUGUCCGGCUACAUCUCGCUGCUGCUGCGCGCCGAGCCCUACCCCACGUCGCGCUACGGCAGCCAGUGCAUGCAGCCCAACAACAUCAUGGGCAUCGAGAACAUCUGCGAGCUGGCCGCGCGCCUGCUCUUCAGCGCCGUCGAGUGGGCCCGCAACAUCCCCUUCUUCCCGGAUCUGCAGAUCACCGACCAGGUGUCCCUGCUGCGCCUCACCUGGAGCGAGCUGUUCGUGCUCAACGCGGCCCAGUGCUCCAUGCCGCUGCACGUGGCGCCGCUGCUGGCCGCCGCCGGCCUGCACGCCUCGCCCAUGUCCGCGGACCGCGUCGUGGCCUUCAUGGACCACAUCCGCAUCUUUCAGGAGCAGGUGGAGAAGCUCAAGGCGCUGCACGUCGACUCGGCCGAGUACAGCUGCCUCAAAGCCAUCGUGCUGUUCACGUCAGAUGCCUGUGGCCUGUCGGAUGCCGCCCACAUCGAGAGCCUGCAGGAGAAAUCCCAGUGUGCCCUGGAGGAGUACGUGAGGAGCCAGUAUCCCAACCAGCCAAGCCGUUUUGGCAAACUGCUGCUGCGGUUGCCCUCCCUGCGCACCGUGUCCUCUUCAGUCAUCGAGCAGCUCUUCUUCGUCCGUUUGGUAGGUAAAACCCCCAUCGAAACUCUCAUCCGAGAUAUGUUACUGUCUGGAAGCAGCUUCAACUGGCCUUACAUGUCCAUCCAGUGCUCCUAGACCUCAGCAGGUUCUGCCUGCCCCUGCCCCUGCCCAUCUCCCGUAGAGACUAAGAGACCAUGAGGGCCGAGGACUCCAAAGCCUUGGGGGUGUGGGUGCUGAGGGCUGGGCAGGCCAGGGGAGGGGGCCGGGGACAGGAGCAGCCCACCCUGCAGCAGUGCACCACGAGCUGCACACCAGGAGGAAAAGACUAUCGUAGGGUCAGAUCUGUGAGCACGUUGGAAAGGAAAGAAAAAGGAUCUUGUGUCUAGUGAGAAAAUGAAAAAAAAAAAUUUGGAAGAGAGGACCAUUGAGAAUUUUAAUAAAACAGAAGGACACUAAUGGACCUUCCAGAAUUUAUUGUGGACGGCUGUGGAUAUAUUCUGUACAGAAAACAGCACAUAUGGAAUUGGACUGAACCCUAUGUAGAAACACACACGCACACAUACACACACACACACACACACACACACACACACACACACAUCCCGGACAUUGUUAUUCA